AUGUGCCAUAAAAGCAGACAACAGCAAGCGGGUGUGUCCCUUUCAGCCUCAUUCACGGUGACAGCGCCUAAGGAGGUAUACACCGUAGAGGUCGGCAGCAACGUGAGCCUGGAGUGUGACUUUGACCCCGGGGAGUGCGCUGACCUGGAAGAAAUAAGAGCCAGUUUGCAGAAGGUAGAGAACGACGCCCCUUCGCAGACUGAGAGAGCUGCCCUGCUGGAGGAGCAGCUGCCCCUGGGGAAAGCCUUAUUCCACAUCCCCAGGCUCCAAGUGAGAGACGCAGGGCAGUACCGCUGCCUGGUCAUCUGCGGGGCCGACUGGGACUACAAGUACCUGAUGGUGGAAGCCAAAGCUUCUUAUGUGAAGAUAGACACUAGGAUCCUAGAGGUCCCAGGGAUGGAGGAGGUACAGCUUACCUGCCAGGCUAGGGGUUACCCCCUGGCAGAAGUCUCCUGGCAAAACAUCAGUGCUCCUGCCAACACCAGCCACGUCAGGACCCCUGAAGGCCUCUACCAGGUCACCAGCGUUGUGCGCCUAAAGCCGCAGCCUGGCAGAAACUUCAGCUGCGAGUUCUGGAAUGCUCACACGAAGGAGCUUACUUCAGCCAUCAUUUACCCUCGGAGCUGGAUGGAACCCAAAGUCCCCAGAACAUCAUCACUUCAUGUUUUCAUCCCGUCUUGCAUCGCUGCUUUAACCUUCAUAGUUGCAGCGGUAGCCCUGGGGAAGAGGCUGUGUGGAAAGCUGUAUCCUAGAAAGACUAGUGCCGCAGCCAGACCCAAAGUUCCUGUUCGCAGUGACCAGGGUUAG